AUGCUCGACUUUGAAGAUGACGCGUCUAGGCGCGAAAAAUGCUACACCACCAUAGCUCAACUGCCUGCUUUUAUCGAUCCAAGGCAGCCACCCACAAAGCGGUCACCUUUCUCGGCCAUUCUAGGCCGUCCAUACAUCCAUACGAGCAAACUUCAAAAACUGCGAUAUGCUAGGGUUUUCAUGUCACUAUCGUCUCUACUCGAGGGUGACUUUUUCAAUACCUAUAUCAAGAUUGGAAACAUUCUCAUGAUAUCAGAGGGCCGCUCCGGCUCAGACAAUGUCUUCACACUCAAAGAUGGUAUCUUAAAACUGGAACUUGGCAAGGAAAUCUUCGAGCGAACGGGACUCACAGGAAAGCCGAUCCGCAGUGGAGGAAGGAAACAUGCCAAAGAGCGAUACAUCGUGGAGAUCAACCUUCGACUCCCCUCAAUGGUUCACGGAAAGAAGGGCUUCGAGAGAAUUGUAUGGGCCUUCAAGAACGUUCUGAACCAAUCUGUAGCAUGGCUUUUCUUCGACCUGGCAUCGGGAUCGAACGGCGUUGCCGAAGACGACCUCUCCCUAAAGGGCAACCACCCACAAAUCAUCAACUGUGAGCCUGUCAUCACCGAACGCCUCAAUACUCUCGUUCCACCCUUCCAGGGGAUAAACAUCACAGAAGAGACCAGUUCAGCGCAAUUAGAAGACCACUGCAACGAGAUCUCCGAGUGGCUUGCACUGGUAUCUCUCGAAUCGCCUCGAGUAACGGCCGCAGAUGAUGUGGAUCCAUACCUAUGCCGUUACAGUGUCCCAGAUUCGGAUGAUGCGAAGCCAUCCAAUCUGGUUACUUUGAAGUGGCGUGGUCUUAUUCCUUCUCGGUGGAUCAUGCAGUUGUUUGUCGCAUUAAUACGGGAAACUGCCCCAAAGGGUAAUGAUGCGUCCGCCUGGUUUGCGCUUUCCUCCAGUGCGUUGGGAAAGGAGGCUGUGGAGGGGUACGAUGGAUAUACAGUAAUGGUGCUUCCGGCGUCUACAUCAAAGCAAGAGAAGAUGGGAGAUGUAGACGGCUCUUCUAAGAGCGGUGGUCGACACUAUAUCUGUUGGGAGUUCGUUGGUGCUUCGAUUCUAUAG